AUGCAAAGCGAGCUAGAUCACCAAGAUUUCCUUUUAUUCCCUGCGCAGUCUGCUUCCGAUCACAAAAUGAUGGCCCUGGAAUCAUCAAGGCAGCAGCACGCUCCAUAUUUCCAAGAUUUCUCCAUGGAUCCCGCUUUAGUUGACCCCUUCGGUUUCAAUAUGGAGAGCUUGGGAGCGUUUGGCCCGACACAUGAUUCUACCCGGUUACCUGAAUCUGCUUACCAGACAACCCCAUCGGUAUUUGCAGAUUCAUUCACAGAUAUUAGCAAAGCCUUCGCACAUAUGCCUGCGACUCCCCCGUCCAUCCCCAUCUCCCAAGCGUCCGAUCACUACCUGUCCGGUAUCUCGACUGCUUCCGGCCCUUCGAUUGCAAGCGCCUCUUCCUCCGCCAUGGGAUCACCCUACUCAGUGAAUGCCCAUACUAUCCAGGAGAACUGGGUCGAUACACACCAUGGCCUUGGCCUACCCUCUGCAGUCAUGGGAGACUUGUUUCCGGGUGACUGCAUGGGAAACUCCUUGGACGCGGAUGGAUUCUACCAGAAGAAGGACAGCUUUGUUAAUCCCUCUUUAAUUCAACCAUUGCAACAGACUCAGCUUUCUCCCCCUGCCAUCACUUAUCCCGAACAGUCCGACUACACCCUGACACAAGCUGGCUUUAUCUCUCAGUCCCCCGAUCCCUCUCAUUUCCAUCUUGCUGAGGAUUACUUGCUGAAACAAUCACUUUCGCAACAAUCCCACAUCUUCCCAAACUCCUCGCCUUCUACUAUGCCUUUGGGAUCCCUCUCUCGCCCGGUGUCCAUGUAUGAUCGCAGGUCAUCAGUUUCCUCUAUCCACUCCCGCCGAUCACAGCCUAGCCCAGCCGCCAGCGGUGUUGAACUUGAUGAAGAGACAAAGGAAAAGGGUCGAUGCCCACACCCUGAAUGUGGUCGAGUCUUCAAGGACUUGAAAGCCCACAUGCUUACCCACCAGUCGGAGAGACCGGAGAAGUGUCCAAUUGUUACAUGCGAAUACCACACCAAAGGAUUCGCACGCAAGUACGAUAAGAACCGACACACCCUAACCCACUACAAGGGAACUAUGGUUUGCGGCUUUUGCCCUGGCUCGGGAUCCCCCGCGGAGAAGAGUUUCAACAGGGCCGAUGUUUUCAAGCGCCACUUGACCUCAGUUCAUAGCGUGGAACAAACUCCCCCCAACUGCCGCAAGAGGAGUCCUACUGCUUCCUCAAAUAAGAGCGUCUCCGAUUACUGCCACGACGCGACUGGCAAGUGUUCGACUUGCUCGGCUACUUUCAGCAACGCCCAGGACUUCUAUGAACAUCUGGAUGACUGUGUUCUUCGCGUUGUGCAACAGGAAGAACCUAGUGAGGCGAUCAACCAGCAGCGACUUGCGGAAGUCGAGUCAGACGAGGAGGUGAAGAAGACGAUGGAGAAACACAUGCUACUCGAAGCGGCUGGCUCCGUGGAUCAAUACGAUGAUGAAAAUGACGAUGACGAUGAUGACUCUAACGACCGACGACCGCUCAAAGGCACUUUCAAGGCUCCCAAGGGAGCCUCAGGAGCCACAUCCCGUGCGAUUUUGGGAAAUAGCAAUGCCAUUAGCAAGCACUCCUCGAAUGCCAAUAACAAAGGGCGCAUCACCGCAGCCAAGAGGAGAAACAACCGCGAUCGAUACCCCCAGUCCUGGGGUUGUCCGAGCAGCAACAUCAAAACCAAGAAGCGUGUCCUCUGCGUCUUCGAUGGCCAGCGCCGACUGUGGAAGGACGAGAUGAUGCUUGACAACGAAUUUGAGGUCCGACUCAAGCUUCCUGGUGGCGAUGGCACCGGCCGGGAAGCCUAUGUUACGGACUUGGACGUCGAGACGCUGAAGCGCGCCCACAGCAUCCACAAUGCAACUGAUGAGGAGCGCGGCCCUUGGCUCGAGGGCCACUCAACCCAUCUAAUGGGGCAGCCGGUGAUGUUGCUUCCGGACUUCUCUCACCCACAUGAGGCUGAGGUGGAUAUCGAUGAAUUAAUUGCCUAA